UCUCUCUCUCUCUCUCUCUCUCCCUCACUCUCUCUCUCUCUCUCUCUCUCUCUCUCUCUCUCACACACACACACACACACACACAAGCGCAUUUAUACCUUAUUGCACUUUCGAAGAGAUACGCAGUCACACCCCUUAUCGCAGUACGCCCCCGAUAUACGCAGGCGAGCAAUAACACUUCAGGAGUUUGAUGCAACCUCGCAGAACGUAAUGGAGAGCACAUAAUCGGUCAAACAGACGGCUUCUGCUCCAGGAGUUGCACCCAGAGAUCGCGCAUAUCCUAAACGACUGCUGCUGCUGCUCACUACGACAUUAUGGGUGAACACGGAUUAUAGUCUGUCUACCCAGGCCCAAAACAUCAAGUUAUGGGCUCCUGGGCACGAAUGUCUGGUGGGCUACCUGGCUACCUUUUUCAGGAGGUGGUAUAGUCUGAGGCAUAAAAGUAGAAGAGCCUCUUUAAGAUGACACGGACUUAUCCUCCUGACAUAAUUGUAUCAACCCUUUAUCAAGACAUCACAAUUAGCCCAGACUGUGGGCUCACCAAGUGUUCUCCCUCCACUAAAGAAUGUGAUUCCCAAAUGGUUGGAACACAAAAUCAAAACUUUGAAACCAUCAACAAAAGACAUUGCCGUAGCUUUGACUUCAUUGAGUCACUGGAUGAUCCAAACACCUUUUCUUCAUCCAUGGAGUGUCCUUACACAGCAGAGCGUCAGACAGUAAAUAAAGAUGGUGCAUGGAAUGAUAUUGGGCAGCAGGGCCACCUUCGUUUUUCCUCUCCUGAUCUUUUUAACACAAAACUGUCUCAACAACAGACCAGCACUGACAAAACCAAUGAGUCAGUACGGAAUAGUCUUCAAGGCAAAACUCGGUCAAAAAGUGUGCCCAAAGUUCGAGCCACUCUUACCCCUGUACCCAUUAUAGUCUCACAACCUUCACCAAGGUGGGGGCAAUCUCCAGUGUACCACCAAAAAAAGCCUGAAGGGUUUUCCCAAACCCGAGAGCCAUCUCUUAAUAUAAAUCGGGCUUUGGUUAACGAGGUGCACCCUAUUAAGCUGCAGCCUCAAACACCCCUAUGUGUCUCUGAUUCUUUUGAAGAGAACAGACAGGACAAGCUAGCCAACUCUCCUCAUGUUAGAUAUCGAGUAGAUAUCAAACCAGAUGCAGCAGUUCUCGAGCACACCACAAGGAAACUACCUGCUGCCAGAAAUGACAUGCCUUGGCAGCGUUAUUCCACAUCGAGCUUCAGGAGUAUGUCUGUGCCUCGCCAAAUGCCCACCUCCAGAACACCCACUCCCAGUGAGUGUUACAGCAUGGACUGCAGACCAACUUAUCAUUAUCCAAACUGUAUACCUGGUGGCUACAUUCAACCUGCACAUAUUUCUUUAGGUGGGACUUCACUCAGAGAUUCAAGGGAGUACAGAACUCUGUCUAACCCAAACAUUCCAACAAAAUUCUUUUAUACAGAAGAUCCCACCAGGUAUCCAGUCCAGCCACCUGGUAGAACCUGUUUUCAAGAUGACCAGUACAGUACUAAAAGUAGCAACAACCAAAACCCCUCAGUCAGUGGUCAGUAUGUAAAUGACCCAAGGUCCAGAUGGGUUUUUACAAUGCCAGUGCGUACAUAUUAUGCUGAUUCUCGCCAACAACCAUUGGAUGCAUACUACAAUAGACCAUACUCAAUGAGUGAGCCCAGAACACACUUUAUGGCUGCACCACAGACAAGAGCAUACUGUAGAGAAAGUGCAAGAACGUAUGCUUUCCCCACUGACCAUUCUAAGAUUUUCUACUCACAGUCUUGCCAUUCCCCAGCAGAAUACUCUAUUCCAGUGACAGCAUACCAUGCAGAGGGGCGACAGAUUCCCCAUAUUUCUCAAGUGGUUCCAGAUGACUGGUACCGAUCAAGCAUAGCCACAUAUUCCAGUCAAUACCCAUCUUCACAGGUGACACCACAGAAAACUCCAGCAAUGAGCCGUUGGGAUGUCAAUCACUUUACUGAGCCUAGUCGAUUAGGAGGAGAUGUCAGGAAUUACUCAAAGUCUUGGGAGAACAUUCUUAUUCCACAUAUGGAGAAGGAGCAUACGGUUCCACGAGGCAGGAGCUAUGAGAAUCUUUAUCAGCAAGGGAAGGAAAGAGUUUCCCCUGACAACAGACAAAACCCCGUCAUAAUUAACCUCUCAAGUUCACCAAGACGGUAUGCUGCUUUGUCCCUCUCUGAAAAUUCUUUGGAGAAAUAUGCUAGUGACAGAACUGGCAUGGGAUGCCAUUGGUUUGUAACACCAGAGAUUACCAUUACAGACAAUGACAUUUGUCCAGGUAACAGCAGAAAAAAAAACAAGGACUCAGUCAGCUGGGAUAUGACAAAUGGUAGACAGAGUCAAAAUGCAAAUAAUCAUAAUCUUGUGAGACCUUCAGAUCCAUCAGAACCCUCAGAGAGAAAGCACAAUAACAGUUCCUUGCAGCAGAGCCUUGAACAACUGGAUGAGUUGUUAGCUGAUUUAGUCAGUGAUUACAAACCUCAAAACGGUAGGCAGUCCAGUGAGGGCUUGAUAGACCGGCUCAAACUGUUGAUUAAUGAUGAUGAGGUAAAGGGAGAGGAGGUAAUAGAUCAAGAAGACUCUGGACUUUUAAACACUCAAACAAAUUCUACCAAGACCAGCCCAGAUACCGUUAAAGAUCCAGACAGUGGUUGUGGGGGGUUUCAGAGAAGUGCUGAGGACAUAUCGAUCAACCAAAGUGCAGAUGAAGAUGAUUCUAUGGUGUGCUCCAACAGCAGAUGCCGGCAUAAGGAAACUCUGUUUAAUGCCAGCUUGUAUUUCAAAUCCUGCCAUAGUUGUUACACUUAUUAUUGCUCCAGAAACUGCAGACGGGAGGAUUGGGAUACUCACAAAGAGAGCUGCCUGUAUGGUCGCAUCAGUAGUAUUUGUAGGCAUAUCCUGAAACAUUGCAGAGAGAACUCUGAGAUUCAUAAAUCUUUCUCACGAAUUGCUAAAGUAGGCUACCUGUCUCGAGGCAGAGGGAUCCUGUUCAUAGGUUUCCAAAAUCCUGCUUCUGCAAAUAACUUUCUCCAAGUUGGACUUGAGAGCAUUGCUAUGUCUCCAACGUAUCUGUCACUCAGAGAGUUGGAGAGUUUCAAAGACAGCCUUAGGGAGUACUGUAAGGAACUCCGAGAUGCAGGCAAGGAGUAUGAUCCCAGUGAAUGUUUCCUUUUGAAUGUGUCCAUAGCUAUUGGUGACUUAGUGCCUAACAGACCUUCACCCAGAUUACAAGCAGCAACAGUGCGCAAAUAUGCCAAGGUGUCAUUGGCAUCGUCAAGCCCAGAUAAAAAGGUUUUGAAGAAAGAAAAUGACAUGGAGACACUAAUUCUCACCCCUCCACCUGGGACAUCUGAUAUUGACAAAGAGGGACAAGAGGGCAGGAAAGCACGAGAAAUCUGUUUCAUUAAUAUCCAAAAGGAACUCAGAACAAGAGGUGUCUUCCUUCGCCAUGAGUUUCCACAAAUAUACAGCAAGCUUUGUGAGUUUGUAGAGAACAACAAAAGGUUCACUCCCACAACCAUCUAUCCUAUAGAUAAGAGAACAGGGAAACAAUUCAUGUGUAUGAUCAUGGCAGCCUCUGAGCCAAGAACACUAGACUGGAUUGGUGCGCCACACCUACUAGAUGACAUUAUAUAAGUCUCUGCACUUCUGUGGUAUCCAGUAGUUGCAAAGGGCUUUAUCUUCAUCUAUGGAGCAUAUUUUGUGUAUAUAAUACAGAUGUAUGUAAAUAUGUAUUUUAUUACUGUAAAACGUUAUUAGAAUUUGCUCUCCUGACACAAUAUUAUGCUUAGAAAAUGCUUGUGGGAUGCACUUUGCAGAAAGAUACUCUAUAAUGAAAAGCUGACAUGAGCAUCUGUUUUGUUUCUUAAUGCAUAAAAUAACUUAUUUAUUGUUUAUUUGUCCAUUAAGUUACAGUGAUUUAAAUAUAACGACACAAGAACUUUGUCAAGUAUACAAGUCAUCAGUUUUAACCUCUUGAGUACACACGUGCAUGUAAUGAGUGCCAGCUGUCAGACCGCCCGUUACUAAAACGAAUCAUCAUAUCAAAGAGCUGACACUCUGAACAAAUUGUAAUUUCAGAGAGUUUGUAACUCUAUAGCCAAUGAUGCAACCAAGGCCAGAUGAUCUUUAUGUGCCCGGGAGGCCCUAACAUUAUGUAUUGCCAUAUUUAUCCAAAUUGGUGGUCAAAUGAGCCCACUGAGCAUUUUCAUACAUGCAGCAGAGCAUGGUAGGACAUUAUAGCCUGGCUACUCAAUACUUCAUGAAUACUUCUUGAAAUUUAACAAAGACAUACAAUGAAUGAAGUCAGGAGCCAGAUUUCUGUUCUUCUAACUGAAUUCUUUUAACCAAGAUAUUCAUUGUUUUAAAGCAGUUCUAAAAACAUAAUAUAUUUAUGUGAUUUGUAUCUAUUGUAUAGUAUAAAUAUUGUAUUUUAUUUGUUCUAUAGGAUAAAUAUAUUCUGUUAUAUAGUAUUUUUACUGGCCAAAACACAUCUAGUGCCAAAUGAAAUAUUGAUAUAUGUAUCACUCAAGCCAAAAGUGUUUAAUGCUAAACUCUUAAUUAUUGUGAUAUUACUCUACAGCGAAUUUAAAAAGCAUGACACACAGACUGAUAUAAGAAACACAAAUUAUGUAAGCAUACUGUACUAUUUAUAAAUUAACAUAUAUUUGUAUCGAACAUAGUUUAAGUCUUUAUUCUAUUACAUAGACCUGUAAGUUUCUUUCACACUUCUGUUCACAUUUACUGUACCACUUUAAAAUGGUUGGUGUUGAAUAUUUUAUUUAAUUGAAAGAUAAUACAGUUUACAUUUUAGUCAUAUAUGACAAAUGAUACAAUUAAUAUUUAAUAUAUUUAAUAAUCAUUUUAUUCAGUUAUGUACAGUUUUAUGUGGUGGUUUCACCCAUGUAAUACACAUAUGUAAACACAUCUAUUAUAUGUAUGCAGAGGUAAUGUAAUCUGAUUAUGUGAGUGUUUGUGUGUGUGUGUGUGUGUGUAUGUAUACAAACACACAGGCACGCACACACACACAGGCACAUAUAUAUAUAUAUAUAUAUAUAUAUAUAUAUAUAUAUGUGUGUGUGUGUGUGUGUGUGUGUGUGUGUGUGUGUGUGUGUGUGUUGCAGAAUUGUCAUAUUGUAUUUACAUAGUUACAUGAUGCAAUUUUGUUUGUUCACUAUGUUCAAUAAUUAAAGUCUCUUGAACUGUUAAUGCAUUUUCAUUAAAGAAUAAGUACAAAGCAUUUAAAUAAUUGUUCUCCCAUGAAUGUAAAAUGACCAUAUAACUGCUGGGUGUUGAUGGCAUGACACAACCUAAACAGGGUGUUUCAUCCAUUCCUAUCUUGUCAACACAAGCAAAGACUAAAACAUAACCUGAAUAACAGGAAUAAAGCCUGCUAAUAUAGUUGGGACACAAGUUAAAUAUAAUUUAAGAAGACUUUUGAUUUCGAUUUCCAAAUGCCUGGAAUCGAGUUGUAGCAGUCAGAAAGGGCCAAAAUGAUAGUGAUUCUAGGUGUUACUAAUGAUCAUUAUAGGUUAAACAAAGACUAAAAUAAAUCUCAGCUUUAGAUAAUGUGAUUUAUUAUACAGGAGAAAUAUGUUCCAAAAACAACGACAGAUUGAUACGUAUAGAUAUAAGAAAUCCUGCCUCUAUUCUCCAGUUGUUGAGCACACACUGUAACCUCAGUUAUCCAUAUAUUACAUCCAUACAUUAUCCAUAUAUUAAUACUUGUAAUAAUAUUAAUACCACAUAUAUAACUUUUUUUUUAAUAACAUCCAUUAUAUUUUCUGUAAUACAAAGUCAGCCCUCCACACACUGGCUUCCAAUGCUGCUUGUCCUUAAACAGUUAAAUACAGAUGAACUGAUUAGUACCAGCCCUGCAAUGGACUGGCAACCUGUCCAGGGUGUAUCCUGCCUUCCGCACGAUGACUGCUGGGAUAGGCUCCAGCACCCCCCCCCAUGACCCUGAGGGAGAAGCGGCUCAGAAAAUGUGUGUGUGUGUGCGUGUGUGUGUGUGUGUGAUUAGUACCAGUGUAAUUUCAACUGGUCCCAGUACAUUCAAUUUGCUGACAAAUGCAUGACAACUUUUGCACUAAUGGCAAUUUGUUUUAAUUUAUAAAACUAAUAAUCCCUACAAAUACAUUACUGUUGUGGCCAAUAAUUUCAGCACCCUCCAUAAAUAAAUGAAUAAAUGAAAAAAAAAACAAAAGUAUAAAAAGGCAUAUUCGGUUUCACUGGUGCACAGGACACUGUGGAUCAGAACAAGGUUUAAAAAAGGCCUCAAAGCUUCACUAGCAUCUAAGAGGCCUUGGACGAGGCUGUUAUGGUGGGACACACAUAUACACAAAGGCAUCUUUUUUAGCAGUUUCAUCAACCUCACACAGUCUUUGACUUGAGCUUCCAACAAAUUAUGCACAAAGAGGUUAAUUUAGUUGCGCCCUGUCUGUGCUAGACAUCCUAAUUCUGAUUGUUAUGUGGGAAAAUGUGAUGUUAGCCUCUUCUAAACAAUAUGAGCAGAGGAAAUGCCAAAGUGCAACAAUCUCUCAAUCGAAGUGACUAACAUUGUCGCAUUCAUGCAGGAGCAUAUAGGUAAAAGCAUAAAUACAUUAACAAAAUGUGCAGACAUUCCCCUUUACAACAAAUAUUUGUGACUCAGCAUUUACAUUAAUAAAAAAAGAAAACUCUAAAAGCACUGAAAAGUCAUAGAUUGUGAAUAAGAAACUCUACUUAAGCCAUAUACAAGAUGCUCCUAACACACACACACACACACACAUAUAUAUAUAUAUAUAUAUAUAUAUAUAUAUAUAUAUAUACUCUAUGCUUAAAUUUUUACCCGCCGAAUCUAUAUUUAAAUGCACUUUGAAAAAGAAUAAUUCAUUUGGGUGUGCUAAUUUGGCUCUGAUGAUAUAUCCAUCCAUCCAUUUUCCAAGCCGCUUCUCCGUCAGGGUCGCGGGGGGGUACUGGAGCCUAUCCCAGCAGUCUUCGGGCAGAAGGCAGGAUACACCCUGGACAGUGAUGAUAUAUUUAUGCAUAAAAUAUAUUCUAUUUAUUUUAUUUCAUAAUAAAACUAUACUUAUGCAAAGCAUAUCAUAGGAGCAUUUGUUACUGCUGUGUUAAUAUCAAUGAAGUAUGCUUAAAAUACAUACCGGUAUGUCAAUUUUGUGUUAAAACAAGGUUUUACAUCAAGUUAUGCUAACUGUACUUUUAUGUUAAAACUACUUUACGAAAAAGGGUAUUUAUUUAGUGUUAGAACUGUGCUUCAAUGAAGAAUACGACAGCCUUUGUCUUUCCCUUGCAGCUGCAAAGCAGGGAAUAGUUCAGUCUAACCCUACAGCAGCCAUGACAUCAUGUCUAAGCUGUGGCCACUCAUUAGGAUCUCGUUCCCAUGUCUUACUAAAUUGUGGCCAUCACUUUAUUAUCUUGUUCCCAUGCCUUACUAAGUUGUGGUAUUUUUAUUUAAACAGGAUGCCACCAGCAUCAGAUUCUUGUUCAUUUUGCACUUUUAUCUUAUUUGUGUUAAAAAGUGCCUGCGUAGCCUUGCAUCUGUAUUCUUAGUCUCUAUUCUUUGUCCCUCUGUGUGUUAAACCAUAUAAGAAGUGUUAGCCGUUUAUAAACAAGCUUUGUAUUUUGUGACUGCAGGUUGCAUAGCUUUAAAAUAUAUAUUCAAUUAAAUAUUAUGCUGACGGUAUGUAAGUUUUCAUAACCACCACAGCAUUGUAUACAGUAGCCAGUCACUCCUGUACUGUUAUACCUUAUUGAGCUUUAAUGGCAUUACUCACACUGUAUUUUGUUAUUCUUACUUUUUCUUAUCGUUUCAUUCCUAUUCAUCAGUGCAUGAAUGUGCAGAUCAAUAAAGCACUGGAGCUUCAA